CGGGGGGAGUUGGAGGCGAACUCGAUGAGAGCUUGGAGAGAUUCUCGUUUCUCAUGUCUGGCGUUUGGCCGACUGUGGGAUAGAAUGAGGACGGAUUCAAGUGAGGCUCUCAGAUGUUGGGGAAACUGGAAGGAGGCCAGCUCUAUGAAAAGGCAUCGGGGGGACAGGAGAGCGUCGGACUCCGUCCGUGGUAUUAUUCAUUGGAAUCGUUUUACGGUUUAUCCUGGUGGGAGUUCUUUGCUGGAAGUUUUGAGCAUUUCAUGGAUUUCGCUGCUAAUGUUUGUUCUAGUACUAUGUUGAAGUACUUCCAAAAGAAGUACACCAGCAUAUAGGGAUCGCCUCAGCAAACGUAUUGCGUUGCAUAAUAUGCGUUGUACACAGUGGGACCUCGAUACAGAUGGGAUACCACUGGACAUCCAAGGGGACUCUCUGCUUGUUAUUAACUGGCUCUGCGGGAAAUGGAAAGUAUUAGCUCAGGUAUAUCAGAAAAGGGUGGAUACUCUGAUUAAUAAGGUGGACGAAAUGCAGGAAACUUACUUGGUGAGGCCUCCAGAGGCCGGCCGUGACUUCUUCUCUCAUUCGUUUCGGGAAUGGAACCAGAAAGCAGACUUACUGACCCAUCAGGCCCGUCAGGGCCUUGUGUACGCCGAUUUCGUUUACCUCAACGACUUUGAAUCUCAGUGUUAUUUUCCUUGCCUUAUCAAAGCCGGCUUUGAUGGGGGAGUUUGUAGCCGCGGAAGUGCCUGUGGUGCAUGGAUACAGAUUGGUCUGCGAAACAAGGAUAUCUUCUCGCGGACCGACAUCAUUUUCAAGGAUGUGUAUCUUGCGGCUUGGUGUCUACCACCGAGCGCCACUGUUACAGAUGCGGAGCUAUCGGCGGCGGAGCGCAUAUGCGAGGUGCUCCCACAGGUUGUGCAGACCUUCUUUGAUCAUUCGCAGUGAUUUGACACACAUUGUUUCUUCUUUUCUGUGUCUUGUAUAUUCCUGCAGCUUCGCUGCUCACUGACUUCCUCGAUUAUCUGUGUGUUCUUUGCGUUUGAUUGUGUCAUUGCGGCAUGUGAUUCUCUUUAUUCCUUCAGCUUCGCUGUGUGGUAUAAGAGCUGACUGCUUGCGUGAUGAAUAAGAGGCUCUGUUUUGCCUGAGACUUUGUUGGACCUGGCCUCAGUGGCCAAGACGGUCCCAGCAAAGACGCAACAAAAAACCUGGUUGACGGUUUACCGCCGG